CCGCGUUCCUUCUGCGCCUGUGCGUCUCUGCUCUCUGGCCUUCUUCUUCAAAGUUGAGCCAGUGUCGCGGGCCCUGUGGCGCUCUGGUAUCAUCUCUGACAUGGAGCUUUCGUCUACCUUUUGCCUUUGAUUUUUGGGACAUUAACUUGGGGCUAACACCUUGAAACAGAACCAUGAGGCAGAGAAAGAGAAGGGGAAACGGCAUGAGUCUUUUCAAACCUCAAAACCCCUAGUAACACACCACUUGGGACAAGGCCACACCUCCUAAAUCUUCCCAGAUCUACCAACUAGCAACCAGGGGCUUCUCUCCUUCAGGGAUGUGGCCAUUGAUUUCUCUGCAGAGGAGUGUGAAUGUCUGGACCUUGCUCAGUGGAAUCUGUACAGGGAUGUGAUGUUAGAGAAUUACAGCCACCUUGUGUUCCUGGGUCUUGCUUUCUCUAAGCCGUACUUGGUCACAUUUCUCGAGCAAAGAAAGGAGCCCUGGAACGUGAAGGGACCAGGUCCAGUUUCUGCUUACCCAGGAAUAAAACCUUAUAAAUUUAAGGAAUGUGGCAAGACCUUUCCUUGGAACUCACUUCUCAUUCAACACCAUAAAAGUCAUCCUGGAGAAAAACUUUACAAAUGUGAGGAAUGUGGUAAGGCCUUUAAUGUUCGCUCAACACUUUAUAAACACCAUAGAAUUCAUACUGGAGAGAAACCCUACAAAUGUAAAGAAUGUGGCAAAGCUUUUACAUGUUCCUCAAGCCUUAACCAACACCACAGAAUUCAUACUGGGGAGAAGCCCUACAAAUGUGAAUGUGGCAAAGCUUUUAAUAAUUCCUCAGCUCUCACUCAGCACCAGAGAAUUCAUACUGGAGAAAGACCAUACAAGUGUGAAGAGUGUGGCAAAGCCUUUAAUAACUGCUCAGCCCGUACACGACACCAAAGAAUUCAUACUGGAGAAAGACCCUACAGAUGUGCAGCUUGUGGCAAGGCCUUCAAUUUUCCCACAUCACUUUCACAACACCAGAGAAUUCAUACUGGAGAGAAACCCUACAAAUGUGAAGAGUGUGGCAAAGCCUUUAACUGUUCUUCACAUCUUAAACAACACAGAAUUAUUCAUACCGGAAAGAAACCCUAUAAAUGUAAAGAGUGUGGCAAAGCCUUUAACUGUUCUUCCAGCCUUAACCAACACCGUAGAAUUCACACUGGGGAGAAACGCUACAUAUGUGAGGAGUGCGGCAAAGCCUUUAAUAACUGCUCAGCUCUUACCCAGCACCAAAGAAUUCACAGUGGAGAGAAACCCUACAAGUGUGAAGCGUGCGGCAAAGCCUUUUAUAACUGCUCAGCCCUUUCUCGACACCAGAAGAUUCAUACCGGAGAAAAACCCUACAAAUGUACAGAUUGUGGCAAGGCGUUUAUUUUUCGCUCAUCCCUUUCUCAGCACCAGAGAAUUCACACUGGAGAGAAACCCUACAAAUGCAAAGAAUGUGGCAAAGCCUUUAACUGUUCUUCACACCUUAACCAACAUGGAAGAAUUCACAGUGGAGAGAAACCUUAUAAAUGUGAAGAGUGUGGCCAGACAUUCAUCUGCUCUUCAUACCUCCAUAAGCACCAGAAGAUUCACACUAUUGAGAAACUCUAUGAAUGCAAAGAGUGUGGUAAAGCCUUUAGCUGUUCUUCAUACCUUAAGUACCAUCAGAGAUUUCAUACUGGGGGAAAAUCUUACACAUGCAAAGAAUGUGACAAGACCUUUAGGUCAUCUUCAUACCUUAGGAAUCAUCAGAGGUUUCAUACUGGAGAGAAACCGUAUACAUGCAGAGAGUGUGGCAAAGCGUUUGUUAAUUCUUCAAGUCUUCUUGUCCACCAAAGAAUUCACACGGGAGAAAAACCGUACAAAUGCAAAGAAUGUGGCAAAGCCUUUAGGUGUUCUUCCUAUUUUAAAUAUCAUCAGAGACUUCAUACUGGAGAGAAACCCUACACAUGCAAAGAAUGUGGCAAAGCCUUUGCUAAAUCUUCAUGUCUUAUUCUACACCAAAGAAUUCAUACUGGUGAAAAACCCUACAAAUGUGCAGAGUGUGGCCAGGCCUUUAUCUGUUCUUCAUACCUGAGGAAGCACCAGAGAGUCCAUACUGGAGAGAAGCCGUAUACAUGUGAAGAAUGUGGUAAAGCUUUUAGCAUUUAUUCAACCUUCACUCAACACCAGAGAAUUCAUACAGGAGAGAAACCUUAUAAAUGCAAGGAAUGUGAUAAAGCAUUUAAUAAUCAUUCAGCCCUAAUUAAACAUCAAAGAAUUCAUACCGGAGAAAAACCCUACGCAUGCAAAGAAUGUAGUAAAGCCUUUAAUAAUAGCUCAAGCCUUAUUCGCCAUCAGCGAGUUCAUACUGGAAUGGACACUCUAGAAGUUCAAGGAUUGUGGCAAGGCCUUUAGUAAUAGUUCAACACUUACCUCCAAAAACUCUGGUAGUGAGAAAGUGAAAUGGAACAUAGGUGACAAAUAAGUGUUUUAUACAUACACAGUAUAAAAAUUUACGCAUGAAAGAAACCCUACGAGUUCAAAUAGUGUUGCAAGUCUGGUAGCUUUUCUUCAUAUCUUAAUUGAUAGCAGAGGAUUUGCAUUGGGAAGCCCUAAAAAUAUAAUAUGUCAGGGCUUUUAAUGAAUGCUCACUCCUCAUCAAUGAAUCCAUGCUUCAUAAAAAUCUUAGCAUUAUUGACUUUGGAAGGAACUCUGUCUAAUGUGUAUGAGCAAAGUAGUGAUGCUUGAAGAAAUUGUGUAAACAUAAAGAGUAUAGUAGAGCUCAUACCUCAGACUUAAUGGAUAUGAGAAUUACUAUAGGUGGUUAAUCCUAUGGAGAUAUAGAAUAAUGUAAAUAUAAACUAAAUGUUUCUUAUAAAUUAUGGGACAUUAUUUGAUGUGAUAGAAAUAAAUUAUUGCAGGCAUCAGAAUUGUGCACUUAACUCAUCUCAGUAAGGAUAUGACUUUGUGAAUGAAACCAUAUUUACUAUAUAGCCUCAAGUUUGAAAACAAGCUAGCACAACUCUCAAACUGUGUUAAAGAACAAGACUAGUUCCUGAUUAAUUUUAGUCUAGUUUUUACCACAGAGAACAUAUAGUAGGUAUAAAAUAGAGUUUGUGUGUGAUGCUUACUUCUUUAAAUAAACAAAUUUGAAUGGUU